GGCAUUUUGUGUGGUUGUGGUUAUUGCACUAAACAUAAGAACAGCAAUUUAAGUAAUUUUCGCACUUUUCGCCGCGCGAGUGUUGUGGGUUUCAGCUGACUGGUGCGUUGAUCUGGUGGCUAAAUUUUUUGGUGUCCGAUAGAAACAGGCUCGCGGACAAAAAUGUCCGACGUUGUGAUCGAUUUAGUGAACGACUCCGAAACGGAUGAUAUUAUAACGAUCGAUGAUCAGCCGGAAAAGGAUUGCAGUGACGAGGCCAUGGAAAUGAAAGAGGUGGAGGAUAGUCCCACACUAAACGAAUCCUCCGAUGUGGAGUUUGUGGAAAUGAACAACCAAAUGCUUGCGGAGGAAAAGAAAAAUUUAGGCAACGAUGAGUACAAAUCGAAACACUACGAAUCCGCUCUUCGGUUCUAUUCCGAGGCCAUCACGCUCAGCCCGCAAACGGCUGCUUACUAUGGUAACCGUUCCGCCUGCUACAUGAUGCUGGGAGACUACCGAUCCGCUCUGAAUGAUGUGAAGACGGCCAUCACCAUCGACGACAAGUACGAGAAGGGAUACAUCAGGAUGGCCAAGUGCUCGCUUGCGCUGGGGGAUGUCAUAGGCACGGACCAAGCGAUCAGGAAGUUCCUCAACCUGGACCCUUCAAAUACAGCGUUACGGGAAGAAAUCAGCAACCUGAAGGUUCUGCGCGAACAGAAUGAGAAAGCUACCGCCUGCUACGACAAAAAGGACUAUAGGACCUGUCUGUAUCACUGUGACAGCGCACUCAAGAUAGCCCCCGGAAGCGUACCUUGCAAGCUGCUUAAGGCCGAAUGUUUGGCGCUGCUGGAGCGUUUCGAAGAGGCGUGCGAUAUUGCGAUCACGAUCAUGCAAGCGAACAGCACCAAUGCCGAUGCGAUCUAUGUGCGCGGAUUGACGCUCUACUACAGCGACAAUCUCGAGAAAGGCUUACUACAUUUCGAGCGUGCUCUCAUGAUGGACCCGGAUCACAAAAAGGCAAAGUUGAUGCGCCAGAAGGCCAAGCAGCUGAAGGAGAAGAAGGAAUCGGGUAACGAACUGUUCAAGACGGGCAAAUACCGGGACGCGCUCACCGUUUACUCGGACGCACUGACACUGGACGCGCAGAAUAAGGACAUUAACAGUAAGCUGUACUACAAUCGCGCACUUGUCAACAUGAAGCUAGGGAACUUGCGCGAAGCGAUUAACGAUUGUUCCAGUGCGCUGGUGCUGAACGAAAAAUAUCUCAAGGCACUGAUGCAACGGGCAAAGCUACACUACACAAUGGAAAACUUUGAAGAAUCGGUCAAGGACUACGAAGCGGCUGUCAAACUGAAUCGUACGGCAGAGCUAAAGAACCUGCUGAAGGAUGCCAAAUUGCAACUGAAGAAGUCGAAGCGCAAGGACUACUACAAAAUUCUCGGUGUACCGAAGAUGGCAUCUGAGGACGAAAUCAAAAAAGCGUACCGAAAGCGAGCCCUGGUUCACCAUCCCGACCGGCACGCGAACGCAACGGCCGAGGAAAAGCGAGAACAGGAGCGCAAGUUCAAGGAGCUGGGCGAAGCGUACACGGUGCUGUCAGAUCCGGUGAAAAAAUCACGCUACGACAGUGGUCACGAUCUAGAAGAUUUUGGACACAGUGCCGACAUUGACCCGCAUCACAUCUACCGUCAGUUCAUGCCGUCCGAUUUCGGUUUCGGCUUCCCCGGUGGCAACUGUAGCAACGGUUCCAACUUUACUUUCCAUUUCGGAUAAGGUGCACUCCAGCUGUUCGUUAGUGUUUUUAAGUUGCAAUGUUGUACUACUACUACUAAUCGACAUACUGAGAUGCACAUACUAUCCUGUCCUGUGUUAUUGUCCUGGUGUGCGACGUCAUAGAUCCCCGGGUUUUGUGAGUAAAGUACAUCAGGUUCUACUGGUUCUCUAGUGACUAAAAACAGAGUAGCGUGCUUCAUAAUGGGUACAUUAUGUUGAAAUUUGUCCCGAAGAUCGAAGCAGGCUACGGUACACGAAAUGUAGAUUUUAUUUUAAACACACUCAAAAUCAUUUUUUAUGCCUAAUCAUCUUCGAUAUGCCCGUGGAUAACCGCUGCGGAUGGUCUACUGUGUAAAACGGUGCUAGUAAAUUUAUAACCGUGCUCGCUAUCGUGUGGAGUCCCUUGGUUUUAGUAAUAAGCGCCAUCUCCCAAGCAACUACAUUUCCCUUCAGAAGUAGAUUUUUGUCAACCUUAUAACAAGCGGGCGACAGGAAGAACAAAUGAAGAAAGGUUACUAACUACAGCUACACGACCCAGACGUACUCAAUCGCGCACCAGCUUAGCUGCUAGCGAUCGAGUCAGUAUUUUAUAAUCCGGUCUGCUCAUUAUCUACUACGCGCGCUCAACAGCCUGCUAUCGUAUCGUACAUUACAACAUGAUUUUGGCGAAGGGAACAUCUUAUCUGCCAAUACCUAUCACAUUCAAGUGUGAUGGUAUAAUAUUUCAGAAUAUAUGCUGUUUUACGGAACGAGGGAAGCAUAGAAAGAAAAGCGGUAGCUUGUAGUCAAUAAUCGUAUCGGGAAAUUCCCCAUAUUUGCAAAAAUAUUUGUCAGAUAUCAUAAAAAAAAACAAAACAAAAAAAAUACUGAUAAGAAUUUAAGACAGAAGAGCAGGUUGCCACUA